AUGUGUAGUAUUGGCGCCUUGUACCGCCUGGAUCGUUGUCGAGCACGUCGUCUAUGGGAUCUUGCGCUGCGGUUGAUCGAGCCGGUUGGUCGUCACUCCACAUGUUCUACGCGUAUUGUAAUACUAAUCACUGUCAAGAUUCUGACAAGAGACUGUCCGCUUGGGGUUUUACAAACCAAAUUUCUGUUAACAUUCUUUGCUACCUUUAGUGGUGACAACGACUUGGCAGCCCGGUCUAUAGGGGAGAAUACCUAUUUUACCUUGAUUUGGUUGCAACGCGAAUCAUGGAAGAGGCUGCUCGGUGCCAUUUACGUGGCGAGCACAGUCAACAUUGUCAUCUACGGCCUCAGUCCAGCUUUCAAUGCCAGCCAGGACCUUGAGAUCGAACACUUCCACGACGAAAACCUCUGGAAUGCGUCAUCGGCCAACGAGUGGCGAGAGUUGCGAGCCAGCCACAGCAAGAGGAACUCCAGGACUACCAAAGACAUUCUCAAAGACGUCUUAUAUGAGAACACGGAUGAUUCUAGAUUUGAAUCAUAUCACAUCUCGCCAUUCACCGCGCUCGUCCUGAUGGAUGCCGUACUCGUGCACACAUGGCAACUUCACCAGGUCUCACAAACCUCGUGUUGCGGGCUGUUGAACCAAGCCAGAGUGUCACAGCUUGAGGACAUGGACGACAACAAUAUUCCGUCGCUGUGUUUCAGCUCACAAGCGAUACUAAGGGCCGCUCACAUUCGACUGUUUGAUAACACGGCGAGGUUUGACCGUCUCAGUCUACUCGCCGAAGAUCCAAGUACCAUUGACAGCUGUGUCGCCACAUUUGCCAACACGAAAGUAGAAAGAGACGUGCAUGUCCUCAAGGCCAUCGAGAAGACACUGGAAGGCUUCGUCAUACCAAUGCGUAUGGGACACAUGCUCGUACGAAAAACAGCUGCUUUCCGAUGGAGCGUGGAGCACGCGGUGGUAGCGUGGGACAAUGCACUCUUCACCACCAAGUGGGCGCAUUCGAUCGAAUUAGACAUGCGAAAAGGUAUCGGACCAAGUGCAGCUGAGCUGGGUCUGCUUGAGAAGAUGAAAGACGUCCUUGAGGAAGCGGACUAUGGUGCAAACGGAAGCACGUCGAUCGCUGCCGGCCUAGCCAAAACUUGCAGUCUCCUCCUUCAAGAUGUAAGCUACACAUUCCAAGCUCACGUGCUUGCCCAUCGCCACGGUACCAGCGGCAUGAGCUGGACGCUGUGCUACGGUCUCCAAGAUAACACUCCAAGCAAGCACGGGGCUUCGCUGUCGCCAUAG